AUGCUCAUCCAAGCAACUGAAACUUGCUCACCAUAUCUGGACCACGCUACCUAUGUCAGCCCUGUUUGUAUCAAAGCGACCAGGUCUCAUGGACGUGACUUGUUCACAACAAAGGAAGCUAAAGCUGGAGAUUUUCUUUUACGCAAGAAAGCAUUUGCAUUCUCUUUCGUCACGCAAGAAGAAUCUGUUGGCGACCUGGUGCUGAUGAUCAAUUCUGAAACCAACGAGCAGACAAUGCCCGGCCAGGCAGCGCUUCUGGAGACGUUGGUUCAAAUGCUUCGACAAAUCGAGGCUUCCGAAGUCGACGGUUCUCCGGUGAUUGAUACGCAACUUGUAUCAUGGAACUCAAAUAUCCAUCUUCUCCACGAACAAUCAGUCAAGGCAGCUGAAUUUGCAGUUAAGACUUUGCAUUCGCUUGGUUUCGAGGUAAAAGGAAGCGACAUUCCCCAUGUACCUGGCACUGCUUUGACUGUGGACAAACGGGGGCUUAUGGUGGAAGAUGUGAUUAAUUUUUUGAUGACUCUUUCACAUGCGUAUCAUUUAGUCGCACGAAAUCUUGUGCCUCAGGCAUUGGCAUUUGCAAAGAUCGCUUACAAGAUUUGCAUUGGUGAGGACGAGACCUUUGCGAAGACCUAUGAAGAGAAUUCGUCUUGA